AUGCCUCCAAAGGGUGCAAAGCCCACCAGCGAUGAGCUUCUCGCUCAGUUCGACAACCUAGGCAUCAACCAAUCCAAAAAAGCGUCGAAGACCUCCCAAACCCCCACAAACGCCAAGGCCCAGGAAGAUGUCCUAGCUGAGCUUGACAACCUUGCUGCACAGCGACCAAGCAGUGGACCAGGGACCCCGCGUCUCUCAGCCGAUAAGCCCCGAUCAAUGACUCGGUCUCCUCGUCCUAGUGCAACACUUGAGCGAACCGAAGAAAAAGCUUCUCGGCCGUCCGAGGAGACUGGGCGGACCUCUCGUGCUGGAGCAAAGCAGGAGUCUAAGGUAGAGGAGAAUGCACCUGCACCGGCAACACAGCAACAGCAAGAAGAACAGCAGGAGCAGCAGGGUGGUGGAUGGUGGGGUAUGGGAACUAGUAUCUUUGCUACGGCUAGUGCGACAGCUACUGCGGCUAUGAAGCAGGCUGAGGCCGCAGUUAAGGAAAUUCAAAAUAACGAGGAAGCGCAGCGCUGGGCUCAGCAGGUAAAGGGUAAUGUUGGUGCUCUUCGUGAUUUCGGCGGCGAGCUUCAGAAAAUGGCUAUCCCAACAUUCACCAACCUCAUCCACACUCUUGCCCCUCCUAUUUCUUCGCACGAACGUCUCCAGAUCCAUGUGACUCACGACUUUUCCGGAUACCCCGGUGUCGACCCGCUCGUAUACGCCGUCUUCUCACGAGUAAUGGCCCAAGUCGAAGGCGGCGACUUACUAGUCAUCCAACGAGGACAGGAGUCCUCUCCCAAGCGCAGUCUGGACGGCGGCUACAUAUCCAGUGCAGGCUGGAACGACGGCCCCUGGUGGCGCACCGUGACACCUGGAAAGCCUCGCACUAUCAACGCAGUUCCCGGCACAGUCGAGGGAUCUAAAUUAGUGCGCGCCAGCGCCGAAUCCUACGCGACAGACUACUUCUCGUCGCGAGGUGGACUCGAAGAAGCAGCGAAGCAAGCGAGUGAAGUACUAAGCGAGUCGAACCCUGUUCGCAGCAGUGAUAUUUUCCUCGCUAUCCAGGCUAUUAGCCAGACUGUCUCGGCAGAUCUGUUCCAGGCUGGUGCUUCAGGUGAGAAGGAGACUUCUACCGGUGCUGUUGAGACUGAUGAGCCUGAGGAAGUGAUUUCAUUCGCUUUAUACCUUCAUGAUCCUAUUCAUGGAAUUGCUUUCCACACGAUCUCCCAGACUGUCCCUGCGAAGUGGAUUGAGUGGCUUGAUGCUUCGGCUCCGGCGGCUGAGGAUCUCGAAGCUGAAGAUGCGGGCGUUGCACAUGCUGAAGUUCCUGAGGCUAUUGCGGAGAUUAUUGAGAGCGGCGGUGUCGAUCCUCGUGAGUGGGUCGCGGAGUGGAUUGAAGAGACUCUGUCGCUAGCUGCUGGUGUUGUUGCACAGCGCUACGUUGCUCGUCGUAUGGGCGUUGGUGAGGGUGGUAUUGGGAAGGGCAAGAUGCGCGCAGAACAAGCAACUACUGUUGAGAGUGGCGCUGGUGAAGCUGCUCGUGCGGUCUAG